AUGAGAGCAGAUAGUUUGCCGCACAGGGCAGCAGCAGCGGAGGUCAUGGCCAUGUUGGACGCCAGUCUCAAGGCACGGGCCAUUGCCGUCAUCCACGACUCUCAAGAGCCCCUUGCCAAAAGUGGCGGAGCAUUGGCGGAGGGAGUGGGGGAGUGGUCGCUUGACGAGUGCACGGUGGUGCAUCGGCUGCUGCAGGACGGCCCGCUGGCAGAUGAGGCAGCUGCUCAAAGAUGGAAGGACCGGUGUGCGGCGCGCUUCCCCUACUCGCAGCACUUUGAGGGCAGCAAGAGCUCCGUGAAAGCACCUCCUCCGGUGGCUGAUGGGGGAGAUGAGGAUGGGGAGGAGCGCGCUGCUGCUGGUGCUGCUGCCAGGGAGAACGGUGUGGUGGAGUAG